GGGCUUGGCCGCCAGUGUUGCGCUCCAGCAGUCCCCGGCUCUUCCCACAGGCCGCAGCGUUGCGCUUCAGGAGUCCAGCUCCAGCAGGAAAUUCUUUCUUGGUUUUCCUCCCAGUGAACUGAAAAAGGAAGCUUGGUAUAUGAAGUGCAAUCUUUUUGUGGGAUCUUCCUUCUUUGACUGGUGCCAUCAAUGUAAAGACGGGUUGGCAUUGAUCGUCUAUGCACCGAGCAGUGCCAGGGUUCCUGCGCCGAGUUCUUAUAAACAGAAAUCGGCCCCCGGUGUUGUGCCUUUCCUCUCUGGCUUGUUGCUUUAAGAGCUUAGAUUAUCAAGAACCCAGUCGAAGCUCUUUUUGCAGCGAGUAUAGAAGCCGGUGCAUUCAUCCUUUGAUCACACUAGCAGUCCGGACAUCGAAUUUGGAUGAGGCCAGAAAGAUCACCUUCAGGGAGUGUGUCAGGUUAUAUGGGCUAUCCCAGUCAGUUCGGUUGUUUGCAUUGCUUAUGCGGUCAUUCUUGCCGCAUGGAAUCACAGAGAUCCGGUGCUUGAUUCAGAGCAUUGUUGAUUACUGCGGGGAUGCCGGGCCAGAGUUGUUUGAGUUGGCACCUAUGUUGGUCAGCAAUAUGGGUGGGUCGAUGACAUUGGUACAAGUUUAUGCCACAAUCAUGCGGAUUUUUGUAGAUCUGUCAAUGUUUGAGGAUGCUCUUCUCACUUACAUUGAGGCCAAGAAGGUUGGACUUGAGUUGCGAGUUUGCAACUUCUUACUGAAGAGCUUAGUUGAACAGAAACAAAUCCUGCACGCAAGGAGUUUGUUUGAUGAUAUGAAGAGUUCUGGUCCUUCACCAAAUGUCUACUCUUAUUCAAUUUUGAUGAGUGCGUAUACGCAUGGAGAUAAGUUAUGCUUGGAGGAAGCCUUUGAGCUUCUUUGUGAAAUGGAAACAAAAGGCGUGAGGCCGAAUGCUGUAAUCUUUGGUACUUACCUUUAUGGGCUUUGCCGUGCCAGACAGGUGACAUCUGCAUGGAACUUUCUUCAAAUGAUUUGUCAGAAAGGCGACCCUUGCAACAUUUACUGUUUUAAUGCAGUGAUUCAUGGUUUCUGUCAUCAGGAUCAGGUUAAGAAAGCUAUAGAGGUGUUUGAUGUGAUGAAGAAGGGUGGGUUUGUCCCAGAUGCCCAUAGCUACAGCAUAUUAGUUGAUGGGUUAUGCAAACAAGGGGAUCUGUUGACAGGCUAUUACAUGCUUGUUGAAAUGGCAAAUAAUGGAAUUGCCCCUACUCUGGCGAGUUACAGUUCGCUUUUGCAUGGUCUUUGCCGAGUUGGAAAUAUUGAAUUGGCGUUUGAGCUUUUUAAGAGGCUCAAAGACCAUGGCUUCAAGCCUGAUCACAUUGUGUACAGCAUUGUUCUUCAUGGUUGUUGCCAACAUUUGGAUCUAGACGUUACCUGUGACCUUUGGAAUGACAUGGUUCAUCAUAAUUUUGUUCCAGAUGUCUACAAUUACACUAGUCUGAUAUUUGCAUACUGUAGACAUGGGAACCUUGAAGAAGCAUUGAGGGCAUUUGAGCUCAUGCUCGAUAAUGGGAUAAGUCCCAACAUUGUGACCUGCACAAUUCUUGUCAACGGCUUCUGCAACACUGGGCGGAUUGCUGAAGCCUUCAUAUUCCUGGACAAAGUGCGUCAGUUUGGAAUUGUCCCCAACCUUUGUACAUACAGGGUUAUCAUCAAUGGCCUGUGUAAGGUCAACAAAUCUGAUGAUGUAUGGGGAAUUUUCGGGGAUAUGAUAAAAAGGGGAUAUGUUCCUGAUACUGUGAUUUACAGUAUUAUUAUUGAUGGUUUUGUGAAAGCUUUGGAUCUGCAUGAGGCUUUCAGGUUGUAUCAUAAAAUGGUGGAUGAGGGGACAAAACCUAAUAUCUUUACGUAUACGAGCCUGAUAAAUGGUCUGUGCCAUGAUGAUAGACUUCCGGAAGUUAUGACAUUGUUUAAUCAUAUGAUUGGGAAGGGUAUAAGACCGGACAUGAUUUUAUAUACGUCUCUAAUUGCAUGCUAUUGUAAGCGCUCAAACAUGAAGGCAGCUCUGGAAAUAUUCAGAGAGAUGGAAAGGGGUUUGCCAGCAGAUGCUUUUGUUUAUACUUGUUUAAUUGGUGGCUUCAGUAAAGUGCUUGCAAUGGAUGGUGCAAACAUGUUGAUGGAAGAAAUGAUAAAUAGGGGGCUUACACCUACUGUAGUAACUUAUACAGAUCUCAUAAUAGGAUACUACAAAACUGGAGAUGAGAGGAAAGCUAAGAUGAUGUACAAGAGUAUGCUCCAGGCAGGCAUUACACCGGAUGCCAAGAUGAUGUGUAUACUGGGCCUUGACAAUUGUGAAGAUGAUUUUGAGGAUUCUCAGAAACAGAAGGGCGCAUUAUAGGUUUUUCAAAUAGAGAUAUAUUAACUUGAUCAACAGAAUGAUUUCAUAAUGGCGAUGAGCUCUAAUAAUCAGUCAAGCUGAACCUAGCCCUUUUGAGUUGUUGGUGCUGAUGUACUUCAUUGCUAUUGUGUUCAUGAAGAGAAUGAGAACUUCCAAGGAUGAAGCUAUUUCUUGUUACACGAGUAAGUGUUGAACAUUGCAAUGCUUACUUUGAAUAUGACAAAAAUGAUUGUAUAAAGCCAAUUUGUGUUAUGAAUUGAUAGUUGAGAUGGAGCCAUAACAGAGGAUGUCAAAGAAGUCGACAAGAAUCCGAGUAGAUUGCAUGAGUAUCUAGUGCUGGUAGUCCUAUGUGUUCAAAUUCUUUCACUAGGCAUACUGUCAGAGAGGUAGCCUCUCUUGAUUGUUAAAGCCUACUUAGUGGGCAGAUUUCAGAAUAUGAAGAU